AUGGACCUGCCCGAAACUAGUCGCCUGUACGGUGCGGCCAUCGCUGCAGCCAAAUUUGCCGAUCAACGAGUCGAGUCUCGCAUGCGGGUCGACUAUACCGGCAGCCUUCGUCGGUUCACCGCUUUUUGCAUAGCUGAAGGAUACCCAGACCCGAUGAAACAGCGAUUUGUUCAGCUCCCAGGCUCACCGGAAAUGCUUUCAGGUGGACACCCGCACGAUCGCUGGGUUAUUGAAACUCAAGCAGAUGGCUCGAUUGUGCCACGCGGAAACCCCACCCGAUCCGCAGCAAUUACGCAAAUCCUCGCAGGCCUAAGUAAAGCAAAAAAGCGUGAAAGAACUCCUAAGCGCGCGUCACCUAUGUCGCUCGCAAUGCUAACGCGAGUAAUCACUUUCCUUGAAACUGAUUCGGACUUCAAUGAGACGAUGCGCUUGUGGUUUUCCGCCGUGUGCUCGCUUGCCUUUUACGGGAUGCGUCGAAUAAAGGAGGUGCUGCUCAUGAAGAAAGGAGAUAUACAGCUCGGACUUCGGCGCAAUCGCACAUACUCUUUGCAUCACCUCCCAAAGGAAGAGCAAGCCACCGAGGCUUUGACGUACCUGGAGAGAUGGUUUAAAUAUGCAUGUACGCGGUUAAACCACAAGUGGGACAGUGGUGACUACGCGUUCCCAGCACUGAUAAAGGUUCCCCGCGGCGGUGCUAAACGUCCGAAGAACUCUCUCGCUAGCGCUAGUCCUAAUGGGACCUUUGGGAAUGUUGGCGUUAAAUGGGGCGCUCCAAUGUCGGACAGUAACUUCACUCAGAUUCUCAACAUUGUCGCCAAUGCAGCUGGAAUCAGCAAGAAUCUCCUUGGGGAUGACAUCUGGUUUACAUCACAUUGCUUUAGGCGAGGCGGAGCUCAUUGGUGA